UAUAAAGAGGAUUAGUUCCGUGGUUCAAGUUUACUAGCAAAAGGCCUAAAAAGCAUCUCAGAGCUCGAUUCAUCUGUACUAGUAUCUUGAAAUCUUGUGCAGGGAUUCGGGACUAGAGAAAUGAAGAAUGCGGAGCUGAUAUUUGUUCCUGCCCCAGCCAUGGGACACCUUAUAUCCAUGGUUGAGUUGGCCAAGACACUCAUCAGUAGAGAUGAAUCUCUAUCAGUUACCAUUUGCAUCAUCAAGUUCCCUUAUGACAUGGGUGUAACAUCCUACGUCGAAUCACUUUCCAACAACCCUACUCCAAGACUCUCCACUCUGGAGAUCCCACCAAGCGAUUCUGAAUCAUACAAGUCUCAGUCCCACCACACCGUUUUCUACAAUUUUAUGAAGAGCCAUGUCACGAAUGUGAGAGACCAAGUUGUUGCCAUGACUCGGGCUGAUCAGUCCACUCGGAUAGCAGCAUUCAUUCUAGAUAUAUUUGCUGUUUCAAUGAUUGAUAUGGCCAAGGAGCUCAACAUUCCAUCAUAUGUUUACUCAACCUCUGGUGCUGAUUAUCUUGGCAUUUUAUUACAUCUCCAAGCCAUGAAGGAUUAUGAAAACAAGGAUAUGGGCGAGUACAAGAAUCCGGAUGCUGAAUUAUCUGUUCCUUAUUUCAGAAACCAGGUUCCUGCUAAGGUCUUGCCAGCUAUGUGUCUGGACCAAGGAGGGUCUGAAAUAACGCUAUUGUGGGGGCGCAAGUUCAGAGAGACUAAAGGGCUUAUAGUGAACACAUUUGUGGAGCUGGAGGCAUAUGUUGUUGAAUCACUUAUGGCGGAUGACAGGAUCCCUCCAGUUUAUUCUGUCGGACCAAAUCUGAAUCUCAGCAGUAGAGGUCAAGAUUCGGAUGAAGCUGCAGACAUUCUCAAAUGGUUGGAUGAGAAACCACUCUCAUCUGUAGUGUUUUUGUGCUUUGGGACCUUUGGGGGUUUUCCAGAGGAUCAGGUGAAGGAAAUUGCACUUGCUCUGGAGCAUAGCGGACACCCCUUCUUGUGGUCGCUACGUCCAGUAAAAAAAGAAGGCCACCUCAGCAAAUAUACAAACUUGGAUGAUAUUCUCCCUCCUGGAUUCUUGGAAAGAACAUCAGGAACUGGAAAAAUCAUUGGAUGGGCUCCACAGCUGGCGGUGCUCUCACACCGUGCAGUGGGAGGCUUCGUCUCCCACUGCGGUUGGAACUCCAUACUAGAGAGUGUGUGGUUUGGAGUCCCCAUGGCGACAUGGCCUUCCUAUGCAGAGCAGCAAUUGAAUGCUUUUGAAAUGGUGAGUGAGUUGGGAUUGGCAGUGGAUAUUUGCAUGGACUAUGCGCAUCAUGGAUUUUCCAAAUGUGAGCUAAUUGUUGAGGCUGAGAUCAUUAAGUCAAAGAUAAAUGAGGUGAUGAAAGAUGGAAGUGACAUUAGAAAGAGAGUUGCUGAGAUCAAGGGGAAGAGCCGCGCUGCAGUGGCAGAGAAUGGAUCGUCUUAUGUUAAUUUGGGACGGCUAAUUGAGGACAUCUUAGCAACAUAAUAUCACACAUUAUCUUUCUUGAGUUUUUAAGUUCUGAAACAGUACUUGUUAUGAUCUAUUCAAUCUGAUAUCUCAGUGGACAAAGGUUGUAGCCAGAUUGAGUCCUCAAUUCUUUAGCAAAUAAUAGCAUGUACAACAUGCUUCAACUUGGAUCAUGACCGCUUUGAGUUGUCAUCCAAAAUCGACCUGGACUUACAUAAUUAUCUGUAUUAAGAAGUGAGAAGUCACAAUGUAUGUCAGCAAGCAAUUAUUUUUUUUAUAUAAAAUGAUGUUUUGUGUGA